ACUGAGCGAGAGAGAGAGAAAGAGAGAGAGAGAGAGAGAGAGAAGCAACCAAGCAGAGAGGGAGCUGGCGGUCUGGUGGCCUUGCAUAACACACGUUGAAGCAGCCUUGCACGCAGGUCUUGGUGUGAGCUUCAGCAGUGGGGAACUUCCUUCACCGUCAGCCCGUUGCAGGGGCAGCUAGAGCCUCCAGACCGGAAUCCAGAGAGAGGAAGGCAGAGCUGGAGCAGCCACAGCUCAGGCUCCAGGAGAGAAAGCGGCACAAAGGAGACACUCAGGAAGAGGAGUCCUAGGAAACACGUCUCCAACACACACACAGACACAGACACACACACACACACAGUGACAGGCAGCAAGAAUCCUUGGACAUGCUCUGCAAACAGUGGCUGUGGAGAGACUGAUUUCUGUCAACAGUGUGGAAGACGUGGCGCAAUCAAAGAUGAUUCCUCAUGAAGUCUGUGGAGCUCAUUUUCUGAGCUGGACUGACUCUGUCUUCUCUGGCGUGAACACUGGACCUCUCCACCAUUAAAACCCAUCAGACAGCCGCAGCCACACAGCAUACGGAGAGGUGGGCCUUGUAACCACUGAGUGGAGGUGAAAAAGCAAGAAAAUAGCCCUGGAAGAAACAACAAGUUAUACCAAGGUAUAAUAUCACCAUAAGUGGCACUAUGAAAGCCAACCAAGAGCGGAGUAAUGGAUGCCUGCCGCCUAAGAAGCGUGAGAUCUUGGCUUUGGAGCAGAGGCCAGUGGUGGUAGCUGCAGCAACACCUCCUGCUGUGGUGGCUGCUGAGAAUCCCCACACUGAAAACCUAGCAUGGCUGGCCAGCGUGGCCAGCGAACGCUGUAAGUCCAGGGAGGCAGAGAGCCCAAAAUGUCCUGUUGUGUCCUCUUCCACCUCCUCUCCUGCCACCUCUCUCCCUUCUGCAGCGACCCCUCUUUCUGCAGUGCCCUUGGCUUCUCUGCCUGCAGUUUAUCCCACAGCCCUACCUCAGCAGGCUGGGACGAUCCAGUUUGCUCAGCUGGGACCCAACGUUCAGUUCAUCAGCUCUGGGCCCUACGCCGGCUAUAUCUCCUCUCACAUCAUCUCUACAAAUGCUAAUUCUGCACCCAACAGCUCGGGUUUUGUUGGACAGCGUCCUCAGCUUGACGGUUACACCACUGCCCUCAUUUCACCCAACACCAAAGGGGAGCAGCAGUUUCAAAUUGGCCUCUCCCCCACGGAACUGACUCCUGUUUCGCUACCGAGCUCCCCUCAAGUUACCAGCCAGUACAUCCACCUGGACAGCAGGACCCCUCUGACUGUCAGUGGAAACGCUGUAACCUCACCAACAGCCCACCUCCAGCUUCACCCUCACGCAGCUGUCCUCCCCCAGACUCUUACCCUCGCCCCCUCACAGCUCGUGGUUCAAUAUGCAGAUGGUUCAGCUGGGAAGAAGCCGGAGGGGCAUGCUAAAGGUGUGCUCAAUGGGGAGUUGGAGAUGGUCAAACAAGCAAAAGCCUCGAGCCAGCCAGUGAACCAUCAGCCAGUUCAGAGCUACGAGGCCAGGCACAUCCUGCUACCUGCGGAUUACGGCCAAAAUCCUGCAGGACUCCAGACGUCCCUGGUGCUUGUGGCUCAGCCAAACCAUGGAACGGAACAUGAGCCUGGCGCAAAUAAAAUCUCCAUCGUUCAGACUGAGAAAGGAGGCAUCUGUUUGGGGAAACCAGUGUCCAGAUCGUCAUCUUUCACCUCCCUUUCCUCCUCAGAGGUGGUGAAGUCUGUCGGUCCUCACACCGUCAUCCAGACCACUCUGCCCCCCGAGGAGCUGCCAGCCAACCUUUACUCCUCCACACAGCCACCCAUCAUCGGCUACAUCACCAGCGCAAACCAGCAUGCCGUCAGCUACCACGCCGCACUGCCACAGCACCUUGUCAUCCCUAGUGGUCAGUCGCUCCUGAUCCCAGUUAGCAGUGCCAAUAGUGGCACAGAAAUGGAGGUUAGUCGCACCGUCAGUGCCCUGACUGCGACUACGACACCUCAGAUUUCCACUGCCAUGCCACAUGCCUAUCUGGCUACUGCCCUAUCUAAGUGUGAGGCACUCGGGCCAGAUGGACAUCAACCGCCCCCUGCUGUAGCCCAGGCUCCAGCUUUGCCAGUACUGCCCUCGAACCCACUCCCCGCAGUGGUGGCACCUCCCUCCCCGACUCCCACUCCUGCUCCCACUCCUGCUCCCGCUUCCAUCCAAGCUUCUCCAUCCAUCUCUUCUUCCUCUUCCCCCGUGGCGCUUCCUCCUUUCUUCAUGCGAGGCUCCAUCAUCCAGCUGGCUGACGGGGAGCUGAAGCGGGUGGAGGACCUCAAAACCGAAGACUUUAUUCAGAGUGCUGAAAUCAGCAGCGAGCUCAAGAUUGACUCCAGCACUGUGGAACGUAUUGACAGUGGCCAAAGUCCGAAUGCUGUGGUCAUACAGUUUUCCGUGGGAGAGCUUAAAGCUCAGGUGUGUGUGGAAGUGCUGGUGGAGUACCCUUUUUUUGUAUUUGGCCAGGGCUGGUCAUCGUGCUGUCCGGACCGGACCACAGAGCUCUUCGAGCUGUCCUGCGCUAAGCUGUGUGUGGGUGACGUGUGUGUGUCACUGACCCUCCGCGGACUGAGGAAUGGAUCGCUCACAGACAGCCAGGCUUUGGGGACAAAGUUGAAAACUGGCUUCCUGUCUGAGUCCUGCAAUAGCAUGGAUCCCAGUGUCAGGAACAGUAUGAGUCCAAACACUGCAGGCAGUAACAGUGGCCUCCUCAUGAAGGCGUCCAGCACAGACAGGCUCGAGAGGCAGCAGGUCAUUGGACAAGGGCCGGGAGUAGAGGUACCAGCAGGACUGGGGGCAGUCCCAGGACGAGAAGAGGGGAUCUACAGAGCUGGACCAAUGGCGGCAGUCUCUGGGACUGAAGAGGUACGACAGGAAUCUGUGAAAACAGACAUAUCAAAAAGACAAUGUGGCGAUCCAGAGAGACCCACAGUCCGCAAGAGACGGUGGUCAGCGCCGGAACGGGACCAAACUGAGAGACCUGAUGAGGAGCCUCCUGUGACUCUGCCCAAACCCUCCUUCAUCCCUCAGGAGGUCAAAAUUAGCAUAGAGGGCCACUCCAGUGCUGGGAGUGCAAGAUGUUUGGGAAAAAGAGUGGACUGCUGAGGGAGCAUUCAGUUUGAAAUCUCCGUGGUUUGCUUUGGGUCCCUCUGUCUUUUCUCUUUAUCCAGACUACUGUGUGAUAUAGACUGAGUUUAAGCAGUAUUUACACAUUUCCUGUCUUAUCUUUUGUUUCACACAAGUCUGAUAUCUACAUUGAAGUCCAGAGGAGCAUCUUCAUAAGUGGUAUCACACACAAGAUCAGUGCAAUCAAUGCUGAGUGCAGAGUGAAUGUUGAGCAUGAAUGGCAGUCACACGUUUGAGAGACGUUUGAGUGGCGUGUUACAUAUCAAGAGCUGGAUCUCCUUUGUCACGGAGCUUACACCUGUUGGAUGCAGACCGCUUCUUUGCCAUUUGUUUCUCUUCUUACAUGAACAAGCACAGACCCCGAUGUCAGAGUGUGGAAAGUGGGUAGCUAUAAUUUGACUAUGUUUUUUUUUGUGUGUGUGUGUGUGUGUGUAGUGUUACAGAGUCUGAGUCUGAGAGAGUUGGUGUUUUAAUGACAAUGCUGAAUCAUCUUGGCUGUUAUUUCUGCUGUCUUAUACACCUAAUGAGGUUUUUUUGGCUUUACACUCUAAGAUUGUUUUCUUUCUUUCUUUUUUUUUUUUCAUUUUCAAACCUCUACAACUACGAGCACUGCUGCAGGUGGCCUUGUCUCUCCGUGUCAUUGUGUCUGUGCCUGCGCGUGUCGGUCCGUAUGUGUUGUUUUUCUGUGAGACUGUCAAACAGAGCACAGGAUUGAGCUGUGAGUGUGUGUGUGUUUGUGUGUGUGUGAGAUGCUGGUUUCUGUGAGCUCAGCUAUCAACCUGCAAAUCAAGACUGAAAAGGCCUGAAUGUAAACCACUGGGCUUGUCCUCGGUACUGGAUCAUGAUUCAUGCAUGUGAUGCUUGACAUACCACUGAUGAGUACCCUGAGAAUUCCAGACCCAUGAUUUUGCCGUGCGUGUCGUGAGAACUUGACAUUAAGAUUUAGACUCAUACUUACUUUCAAUGUCUGCGAGUUUUGCAAAUUGAAACCCGAUAAAAGCUGUGGUGGCGACACGCGGGAACGCCAAGCCUCCAUAAAUACAGUAAAAACAAUUAUUUCUACCCCCCACCACUACGUGAUAUUUUAACCAAUACGUGUAUGAGUUCAGCUGUAACACCUCACAAUAAUACAUAGCUUACAAAUAUAUUUUUGACAAACUUGCGGGCAACACAGUGACCUCCAAGUAUAAAGACUGACAAUGGCAGCUCCAUGAAAAUACACACAAUAUAAGAAUCCGCUGCCAAUAAGAUGCAGUCCAGCUGCACACCACUGCAAACUUCAACUUCAACAAUGAACAUGGUGUUGGAAGAAAAGAAAGAAACUCUCUGACAAUCUCAAGCCAAACGUAACAUCGUUACCUCUGUGAAGGCAGAAUUCAUGGCAGAGCUGUUUCACAGGAUCACAUUAUGUUGUGCAAUUCUAUCCAAUAAUUAAAAAAAAAAACAAAAAAAAGGCCGAGUGGGUACGCUCGUGCUAAGUUCUGCAUCACGUUCACCAGCUCUUUUCCAACUUGCCUGUUUGCUGUUUGGUGCCGGGCAAGUAGUUUAUAGUCUGUUUAUCAGAGCUUUUCACA